GAUACUCCAUCAGUGCGGACGGUUUUACUAUCGCCCCUCUAUGCCACCACUUCCAGCUCAUUUCACCUCCAAAUCAAUUGACACCAGAGUCGGGCAAGAUUUCAGAAAACCAACAAUGAAGUUUUACCAUGAAGCACCUGCAGUCGUCAGAGCAUCAUCGGCACUCAGCCCCAUACAAAUUCCAACAGUUGUCGAAAGCCUACGAGACAUUUACUGGCCAUCACAAUGGGCAGAGUUUAAUCUUUGCGUAAAUGAGACUUCGAUCAAACAGUUUUGGGCCCCAUCUGGGACCUACUUCUCAAAGAUUUUGGGAUGCUGGUCUAUGAUGUGCUAUUUCUCGCGCAUACAAGGACUCCAAGUGGGGUUCAUAAAUGUUCAAGCGACCAAAUUCGCACGCGA